UGACUUGCGGUCUUUAUUUUCCAUUAAUUGGAACACUUCGAGCAAAAGUGAUUUCUGAAAAUAUAAGAGCUACCGUUGGAAAUUUGUUUAGAGUGCCUUUGAAUUUAAUAGUAGUUUCUAUAUUGGUUUCAGAUACUUCUAUUUCAGAACAAUGCCUUUUUUGUAGUUUUCUACUUUUCGUAGCUUUUAUUUGGUCAUUUUGGCUUCCAAUGUCUACGCUACAAUAUGAUUUAAUUAAUUAA